GUGAUCUGUGGCCAAGAAGAACCAGGGAAAGGUGCAGAGCAACGUGAACCCAAGGCCCAGGAGAGAGCUCAAGUGCAGAAGAUGAGAGGGCUGCUCUCUCCAAAGUCCCUGUUAACUCCAACCUUACUGCAGAACAUGACCCUCCUGGAGCUGGUGAGCAGCUCACGGGAGUUAUGGGAUAUCCUGGAUAACCUGUCUGAGCAGCACCAUGCUCCACACCCCAGAGGACAGAGGGACUUGGGGCCAGCCUCAGGCAAGCUUAAAAAAAUUUUUGGCUGGGGAGAUUUCUAUUCCAAUAUCAAGACAGUGAAGUUGAACCUCUUGAUCACCGGAAAGGUGGUUGAUCACGGCAACGGCACAGUCAAUGUCUUCUUCCGACACAACUCUACCGGGCAAGGGAACAUCUCUGUCAGCCUCGUCCCCCCCACCAAGGCAGUGGAGUUUGACCUGGAGCAACAGAUCUUCAUCGAGGCCAAAGAAUCCAAAAUCUUCAACUGCCGUGUGGAGUACGAGAAAGUGGAUCGAGCCAAGAAGACCACGCUCUGCACUUACGACCCAUCUAAGACCUGCUACCACGAGCACACCCAAAGUCACGUCUCCUGGGUCUGCUCGAAGCCCUUCAAAGUCAUCUGCAUCUACAUCACCUUCUACAGCAUAGACUACAGGCUGGUGCAGAAAGUGUGUCCCGACUACAACUAUCACAGCGACGUACCCUACUACCCCUCGGGAUGA